CACAAAAAACGUUUCAGCAGGCGCAUCGUCUGCUUCUUGGUUUCCGGUUAAAACCCGGCCCCGGUGAGGACACAGAACGCCACAGUAACAUCCGGUCUUUGAACUGUCCAUUUGUGCCGAAGCCAUGGCGGAUAAGAAGGGUGUCAAAAAGGAAGGAGGCAAAGAUGCCUCUAAGAACGUCAUGCGAGAGGUUCGCAUCCGCAAGCUCUGCUUGAACAUUUGUGUAGGAGAGUCUGGUGACAGACUUACACGAGCAGCCAAGGUGUUGGAACAGCUUACGGGCCAGCAGCCAGUGUUCUCAAAGGCCAGGUACACCGUCAGGUCUUUUGGUAUUAGGCGUAACGAGAAGAUUGCUGUCCACUGCACAGUCAGAGGUGCCAAGGCUGAAGAAAUCUUAGAAAGAGGACUGAAGGUCCGGGAAUACGAAUUGAGAAAGGAGAACUUCUCUUGCACUGGCAACUUCGGUUUCGGCAUUCAGGAACACAUUGAUCUUGGUAUCAAGUAUGACCCUAGUAUUGGUAUCUAUGGUCUUGACUUCUAUGUUGUCCUUGGCCGACCAGGAUUCAAUGUCGCUCACAGGAGGAGGAAGCGUGGUGUUGUUGGCUUCCCCCACAGACUUACCAAGGAGGAUGCUAUGAAAUGGUUCCAACAGAAGUAUGAUGGUAUCAUUCUUCCUGGAAAGAAGUGAUUUUCCUGUUAUACUUCAUUAAAUAAACCUUUCUAAAAUCCA